CUCGUCGGUCGACGCCGUGGAGGGCAACACGAAGCCAGACGACAACAAGAAACGCACCAGACAUCACAGACAGCGGGAAGCUUGUCUCAUUGUGCUGAAAGAUUUUACUGAAGCUCUACCAUGCCUGUGGCCUCCACCAGGACAGAGCCUGCGCCCCAGGUGUUAGACGCAAUGAGCGACACCACCACCAGCUCCACCACGGCCAAUGACCUGGACCUCAUCUACCUCAAAGGCAUCAUGGAGAGCCCUCUGGAGCAAGAGGAGAGCCUGAAAGAGCCACGACUGUCCCCGGUGAGGGAGAACAACGUGGAGCUCCUGCAGGAGAUCCUCAGAGACCUGGACCCCUUCACGGAGCGCUCCGACACUGCGGCCGAACUUGCCCGGAUCCUCACACAGCCUCACUUCCAGUCUCUGCUGGAGACUCACGACUCGGUGGCGUCCCAGGCGUGUGAUAGCCCACCCCCCAGCCCAUGCGAUUUUGUGGAUCAUGAACCAGAGGACAGCCAAACCAACAACCAGCACCUGCCGCCUGACGCCAUCCGCAUGGUGGGCAUACGCAAAGUGGCGGGGGAACAUCUGGGUGUGACGUUCAAGGUGGAGGGCGGAGAGCUGGUGAUAGCCCGCAUCCUCCACGGUGGGAUGAUUGACCAGCAAGGACUGCUGCACGUUGGAGAUAUCAUCAAAGAGGUGAACGGACGAGAGGUGGGUCGAGACGCCAGGGUGCUGCAGGAGGAGCUGCAGGCAGCCAGUGGAAGUGUGGUUCUGAAGAUCCUGCCCAGCUACCACGAGGCCAUUCCACCCAGACAGGUGUUCUUCAAGUGUCACUACGACUACGACCCGGCCAAUGACAACUUGAUUCCCUGCAAGGAGGCGGGGUUAAGGUUCGAGACGGGAGACAUCCUGCAGAUAGUGAACCAGGACGACGUCAACUGGUGGCAGGCCCGUCAUGUGGAGGGUGGGAGCGCUGGGCUGAUCCCCAGUCAGAUGCUGGAGGAGAAAAGGAAAGCUUUUGUCAAGAGAGAUGUUGAGCUGGCGCCUGCAGGAAAUCUUUGCACUGCCGUUGGAGGGAAGAAGAAGAAGAAGGUGAUGUACGUGACCACCAAAAAUGCAGAGUUCGACAGACACGAGAUACUGCUCUAUGAGGAGGUGGCCAAGGUCCCGCCUUUCAAGAGGAAAACUCUGAUUUUGAUUGGUGCCCAGGGCGUGGGGAGGCGGAGGCUGAAAAACAAGCUGCUGCUGAGGGACCCACAGCUCUUUGGAACCAUAAUCCCAUAUACCUCCAGAAAGCCCAAAAAGGGCGAGCGCGAGAGCCGCAUGUACGCGUUCACCAGCCGCAGCAAAAUGGAGACGGACAUCAAGAACGGGCGGUUCCUUGAACAUGGAGAGUACGAGGGCAACCUGUACGGCCUGAAGAUCGACUCCAUACAUGAGGUGGUGGAGGCGGGACGCGUCUGCAUAUUGGAUGCCAACCCUCAGUCCCUCAAACUGCUGCGGACGUCCGAGUUCUUGCCCUACGUGGUUUUCCUUCAGUCUCCAGACUUUGAAGUGCUCAAGGCGAUGAACCACUCAGCGGUAGAGGCGGGGGUCGUCACCAAGACGCUGACGGAUGAAGAGCUGCAGAGGACGUGCGAUGAGAGUGCCAAAAUCCAAGCGGCCUGUGGUCACUACUUCGACCUCAGCAUCAUAAACGACAACCUGGAUGAGACGUACCGCACAGUCAAAGCUGCGCUGGAGACAGUUUCUAAGAACCCCCAGUGGGUCCCAGUCACCUGGGUGUUCUAGAGAGAGGUUUUGAAUAUCAAAAGGAGUCAAGGAACAAGGAGGGAAAAUAGAUCGCUGCGUAAAUAAUGGAUCGUCCAAUUUGGUUUUUAUCCAUUAUUUAAACAGGAUUAUAGGUUUUUCAGGCCAGGGAAGGAAGGAAUUGACAAGGAGGGAGUCAGUUAAAACAUCCUGAAUGUCAUGUUGUUGGGGACUCGUUCUCUGUGAAGCCCCCAUAACGGAAAUCAUCACAUUUUACAAUGCAGACGCUUUAACAUCUGCAGGAAAAUGAAUGUUACGCCCCCAGAAAUUGUCAUUGUUUACAUUUCACAAGACAAAUCACCUCUAAUCCGAGUAAAUUAGCCUGACUGAGCGGCUAUUAAAGUAGUAGUUUAAGCAUUAGCUCCAACGCCUAUGUGAUAAGAAUUCAUGUGUAAAGCACAAAAAAAGCGCAUUUCCUCUUGUUAAUUUAGUUUCUUUUGGGCGAUGUUAUCCGUAGUAGUUUUUUUAAGUGUACAUCACCUUUCUAGUCUUCUAGUUUCGCGCAAACUCACAGACUCGUGAAAUGCCACAGCUACAACCACACUCAGGGGUGGGAAGUGGAAGAUUGAUUACUCUCUUGUGCCAAAUGUUCACAACAUUUUGUCCAUCUGAUGUCCAGGGUGCUGCUAGUAGAAUAUCAUUGUACUACUUCAGCACAAGUAGGCAUUUCUUACCGCCUUAAUACCAAUUACCCUGAUCAGUUCGACUUCACCGUGUGAUUUCACUUUCAAAAAAUCCUGCAAAUGUUUGGAGAGAUGUCAAAGCUGGUGGCAGUGCUACCACUGGAGCAGGACGUCAUCGCCCUUCCUCUGUGGGCCAAAAAAAUCAGGAGCCCGCAAAACAUCUGGAAAACUUCUUAACCCUUUCAAACCGAACGGAACACUGGGAAGUUGCGCUUUUGUCUGGAAGACGCUUGUGACAUCUCAAGGGUAUAAAAUGUUUUUCGCCAACAAAUUCCUCCAAACAACUCUCUCUUCCUGGGGUUUCCUGGUCUUGCGUCGCUUCCCAACCUGCAGCCGACAGCGCAACUUCCCAGUGUUCAGCCACAAUUUGAAUUCUGUUCACCGGUGAGUUGCAGUAAUUCAAAUACUGCAAGCUUCAUUGUUUUUUUAAUGGGCAGGUGGACAUUUAGGUCUUAAACGCUUAAAGGAAGUUUGUGUAUGGGUUAACUUAAACCUAGCCUGUCUUUUAUUCAAAUUAACAAGGCGGCAUUAUGCAGUAUCCAGAUCUUCUGAAUGCAUCCAGGAUAGAGUGGACAGAUCAGGUGGUGUGUUCUUUUGAAUCUUCUGGAUUGAUUUAGUGAAUCAACUCAAUUCAACCCUAACCCUAAAGGCUCAGUUAUGGUACCGCGGGCAUAGACACCGUACCCUACGUACGUAGCCUAUGCCGGUACGAGCCGUUUAUCCUUGUGCGCUCUUCAAUGUGGCUCACUAUGUAACAACACCACCCAAACACUAGUCGGGCUGUGUGUCUCAUUUGCCAGUUGAGUUCAUUUUCGCUUCUACUUCCUGCUUCUCCUUCGACAAUGGCGACCGAAACUUUUGCCGAAGAAAAGUUAUACAAAUGUUUGUGUCUCCGAACCUCCUCAGUUUACCUUUCCUCAAUGUGUUCCAUCUUUAUUGUCCCAAAACAAUCAAUUUGAAGAAACUGCGGAGAUGGAGAAGAAGCCUGAAAUACUAAAGCGCAAAACUUGCUAUUACCAAGCGGACCAAAUGCAGCUCCUGUGGUCUGAAUCGCCAAGGCACGUAGCUAUAUUUCUGGGGAGGUGCAUGUCAGCUACGGCGUUGGGGUCUGUGCACAAUAUUCGCUGUUGCCAUAGCUACAGAAGUGUCAAAAUGAGGCAGAAGCCUAAAGCACCUGUAACCCUAACCCUAAUGCUAACCCUAACCCUAACCCUAGGGGAUACCUCCAGUUAUGCUCCAAGUUACAGGGAGCAUGCGUUAAAAUGUACCUUGCACGAAACCCCCAGUAUGGCUUAUAUGGAAGUCACGGCAUAGUUUGAAACCCCUUCUUCACACCCGCACAUGUCAUUCUCUACUUGCACUUUUGUAGUAUUUAUGAUUUAACGUAUUUAUUCGCUCAGCUGUAAACACUUUGUAGAUAGCAUGUAGAUACACGACGAUAUAAUAGAUACUGUAUGAGAUUGUUGCCUAGCAUUUGCGGUAUUCGACACUCAAGUGAUAAUGUUAAAAAAAAAAAAAAAACGUGCAGUGUAUCGUUGCCUAUGAGCGAACAACACGACAGGCAUUUUAAAUAUCAUCGUAUAUAAUUUUUUGAGUUGUUGUGUUGUUCACUCUUAGGCCUCUGUACCUGUUACACUGGUGCCAACUGCAGAAAGCUCCCUGAGCAGAUUAUUUUUACUUUUUAUUUUUGUGUGUGUGUGUGGCAGCUAAAGAACACUUUCAAUGCACAACAAAUCGUUUACCGACGAAUAAGCAAAAACUGGCGUUAGUCAAAUUAACUCACAGAUACCUGACGCCGGUUAUUUUGAGCUGUAUCAGGAGAGAGAUUUUUUAGUCACUCUGUCUUUGUAAAGUGACAUUUAUAUUUGUGCUCUAGUUUUUAAAAGUGGAUAGAUAGAUAUUUGAGUAGACUUUUGUCUGGCAGCUACGGAACCUGUAGGGUGAGGAAACGCUACUCUCCAAAAACCUCACUGUGUUUCUUUUUUCUACGAAAUCUCGCGAAUGCAAUAAGACCUUUCGUGUCGCCACGUCUUUACUAGUUUACGUACGCAGCAACUCCGAAGUCAUUUGGAUUUUUAAUCUGUUUCUAAAAAAAAAAACUGUUUAAAAUUAAUGAAACAUGAAAAAUAAAAAGGUUUAUUACCUACAGGUUUGAUUUAAAGUCUAUGUGGUAAAUAUGUAGCUACUACUGAAACAUUCCAUGUAACGAAUGACUUCACUGCAACAUCAAUAUACACAGUGAGGGAAUAUUUAGUUUCAGAUAUGCAAUUUUUGUAUUAAAGUCGGUGACAUCUACUCUGACGAUCGGGGCCAAUUACUACAAAGCAGAUAUUAAGAUGUGUCUCUUCCGCAUAGCAAAAGGACAGCAUCUCUGCCACAUGCCUGUAAAACUGGACAGUGAAUUGAGCUUGAGCCAUGUCGUUUUGUUGUCGGCUUGCCAUGUAAUGACGUUUCAAGUCCAUACGGAAUAAAAUUAUUGAUUUGAAUGAA